UCCUAUCACAUUUGUACUCUGCUCAAAUGUAAAGUAAAUUUUCAUUUCCGCCUUUUCACACAUCGGUAACGUAUUUCCGUGACGUUAAAAAAUCAAGAAAAGUAUUUUGAUACGCCUAGCCCAUUUAGUGGCAGGAUUGUGAAUAGAACUUCGGGCCUUGAUCGCAAUUUCAGAAGUGUCUGUUGACAUUGCCUAACCAUGUCGCAAUUUGCGCCGUUCAUCAAACCUUACAUCGAGUACAAUCAGUUCGGCUGGGGUCCCUGCGAUGUGUCCGAAAUGGAGGUGCCCUACCAACCGUUCUGCAAGAGCGAUCGCCUGGGCAAGAUCAGCGACUGGAUGCUGCCCGUGCAGGACAAGAAGUACACCAACAAAUAUACCUCGACGUUUGGCAGCAACAACAGUCACUACGCGUACUUCCACGAGGACGACGAUGCAACGUUCCACCUGGUCGACGGGGGCAACCCGCGUGCUCUCAAGCCCUACCAGCGCAAUCGCUAUCGGCCCAAUCAGCGCAACAAUGUGCGGGUCCACGGCCGAAAUGUGCGUGGCAAUGCGACAACCGGUGGUGGUCAGGGUGGCACAGGUGGUUCUGGUGGUGCCGGCACUAGCAACAAGUACGGUAAAGGGCGAGACAUGCGACGUGGGUUUACGGGCCGCCGCUUCAUGCGCAAUCCCCCGGUUCGUCUGCGCGAGAGUUCCGUGGUUGUGCGCUCCGACUGGGUUUCCAUAGAGGAAAUUGAUUUUCCUCGGCUGCUCAAGCUCUCGCUGCCAAAUAUUAGAGAUGGCAACGACGUGGUUACCUGCGGCACUCUGGAAUACUACGACAAGCAAUGCGAUCGCAUAAAUGUGAAGAACGAGCGGCCGCUACAGAAGAUCGAUCGCAUCAUCAAUGUACCGGGCACCAUCGACGAUCCGAUCAUACGGCGUCUGUCCAAGACAAUGGGCAAUGUGUUUGCCACGGACGACAUUAUUGCCACGCUGAUGUGCUGCACCCGUUCCAAUUACUCCUGGGACAUCGUCAUCGAGAAGCUGGGCACGAAGGUCUUUCUGGACAAGCGCGACAAUGCGCAGUUCGACUUGCUGACGGUCAAUGAGACGGCAUUGGAGCCGCCGCAAGAUGACGAGGGCUCCAUCAAUUCGCCGCAGAGCCUUUCGCUGGAGGCCACACUGAUCAAUCACAAUUUCAGCCAGCAGGUGCUUAAGAUUGGCGAACAGGAGCCGAAGCACAAGUUUGACGAGCCAAAUCCCUUCGAGGAGCCCGGCGUGGAGCUCGCCUCCGUUGCCUAUCGCUACAAGCAAUGGCAGCUGGGCGACGAUGUCGUGCUCAUUGCUCGCUGCAAGCACAACGGCGCGGUCAAGUCGCCCAGCGGCGAGGUGCAGUUCGUUUCUAUCAAGGCGCUCAACGAGUGGGACUCAAAGGCGGCUAACAGUGUCGAAUGGCGUCAAAAGCUGGACAGCCAGAGAGGGGCCGUGCUCGCCUCUGAGCUUCGCAACAAUGCCUGCAAGCUAGCCAAGUGGACCGUGGAGGCGGUACUCGCCGGCUCCGAUCAGUUAAAGCUGGGCUACGUCUCGCGUGUGAAUCGCAAGGAUCAUCUGCGCCACGUCAUCCUGGGCAUGCAGCAGUUUAAGCCUCAGGAAUUUGCCACACAAAUCAAUCUGAAUAUGGAUAAUGCUUGGGGCGUGCUGCGUUGUCUGGUUGAUAUUGUGCUCAAGCAGCCGGACGGCAAAUAUCUGAUCAUGAAAGAUCCGAACAAGCCCAUGAUACGCCUAUACGACAUACCUGAAAAUGCGUUCGACUCAGAGGGCAACGACGACGAGGAGACUAGCGAGGAUAGACCUUUCCUAAAAUAAUUAAAUUUCCAUUAACUCUUAAAGAUCUGUUUCGUUUUUGGUUAUAUAUAUAUAUAUAAUCUAAGUUUCUGUUUGAAAAAUAAAAAAAAUAUUGUUC